AAUAUACAUUUUUGUGGUCGAAAACACUCGUAGAAAAAGUUGAUUGAACUGAGGGAAAAUUAAAGCGGAAAAAUUGUUCUUCCAUUGCUGAUCAAAAUCGGUCAAAACAAUGUUGUUCCGUAGUCUACUGGCCUUGAUUUUCUGCCUCUCGGUCGCAAGAGGGCUGGGGGAACGGAGGAACAAAAUGUGUGUGUUGGACAUGGAUGAAAAAGGCAAUCUUUACCUUUACAAGGCUGCACUGCUCUGCAAGAACGAGAUUAUCAAGCGACUGAUCAAUGGAACAUACCAUGUAGCAGACCCGAGUACUAUAGGGCUAAGCAAAGUCUCCUCUGCCUUGAACUGCAAGGACCUAAAACAGAAAGCACCGUCACUCGUGUCAGGAGUCUAUUGGAUAGACCCAGAUGUUGGUUCCCAUGGUAACGCGUUCCAGGCCUACUGCGACCAACAGACGGACGGUGGGGGCUGGACACUAGUUUGGAGUUAUACUUUCACCGCAUACACGAGCUUCUGGACUGGUGCAAAUGCUGUCACGCCGCGUCCAAGCUGGACAGCCAAAAAAGCGAACACUCGAGUGUCCACAACAGUUCCUCUCACUGAGACACAUUACGAGGCCAUGAAUUUUACUUCAUGGCGAGCUAUUGGCAAAGAGUUUUUUAUCAAGAGCAACAUCAACAACUGGAUCGCAUGCAAGGAAGGCACAGGCAGCUUGGUGCAACAGACGACGGGCUCAAUCUCUUGUAAACUGGUUAAACAGGUUUCCAAGCAGUGCGCUGGUGUAGUACCGGAGUUUUUCUGGAGCGGGUCUGAUUCCUAUGGUCCAGGCUUACGCGCCACUGGAGCGUACUACUAUUUCGAUGGUAACAAAGGCAUAAAUUCGCCUACCCAUGAUCCAUGUGGAACAAACCGACCAAAUCAGUUAAAAGGUGUGGCUAAUCCACACGGAAAUAUCUUUAUUCGGUAAGCGAUUUUCUGUCCAUGUCUUAUUUCGCUAGCGCUAAAAUAACUCAAAGCUACACGGAGAUACAAGGGUUAAAAGGGAUAAGAUAUUUACAUAGAUCACUUUAUCCAAGGCGUCUAUUGCUCAUGCAUGCACGAAAACGUCGGGAUUUUCAAUAAGACUAUAACAAGAACUGGAAAUCAUUUCAGUUUAUAUCAGUUUCUAUUUUUCUACAUUUUAAGGAUUUUUGCAGGUUCAUUCUU